GCACAAACCAUCAUGGCCGCCCCAUCAUCGCCGCCCGUGGCCUUCGCCAACACGCCCGAACCCAUCGCAGACGCGAUCUUCGCCCUAACGGAAGCGUACAACGCUGACCCGAACCCCGACAAGAUCAACCUAGGCCAAGGGGCCUACAAGGACAACACCGGCAGCCCAUGGAUCCUGCCCUCUGUGCGUGGGGCCGAGGCCAAGCUCGCCCAACACCCGCCGGGACACGAGUAUCUCCACCGGUUCGGACAUGCCGCCUUCCGCCGCCUCUCUGCCGAGGUCGCGUUCGGCGCGGGCUCGCGCGUGCUGGCUGAAGGCCGCGUGGCCUCGUUGCAGACCAUCAGCGGCAGCGGCGCGGUGCACCUCGCCGCUGCGUUCCUGCAUACCCUCUACCCUAACAGCCUGGUGUACGUCCCCGACCCGAGCUGGUCGAACCAUCGGGUCAUGUUCGAGGCUGCCGGCUUUGCGGUGCGCGACUACGCGUACUACGACCCGCAGGCGCGCAGUAUCGCCUUCGAUGCGCUGCUCGCCGACCUGCGCGCGGCGCCGGCCGGCUCCAUCGUCGUGCUGCACGCGUGCGCGCAUAACCCCACAGGAUGCGACCUCACCCCCGCGCAGUGGAGCGACGUUGCAUCUGUCCUCCGAGACCGCGGGCACAUCCCAGUCGUCGACUCGGCGUACCAGGGCUUCGCGAGCGGCGACCUCGACGCCGACGCGCACGCCAUCCGGCUGCUGCUUGACGAGCUCGCCCUCCCAGGAGUCCUCUGCCAGUCCUUCUCGAAGAGCAUGGGCUUGUACGGGGAACGCGCGGGCGCGAUCCACGUCGUCGUGCACGGCAUUGCCGAGCCUGCCGCCGUCGUCGCACGCAUCGAGGGCCAGAUCGCGUGGAUCGCGAGAAAGGAGUACACCACGCCGGCGCGGUACGGCGCCGAGCUGGUCACUGCCGUGCUCUCCGACCCCGGGCUGUACGCCCAGUGGCGCGAGGACCUGGUCACCAUGUCGACUCGCCUGCGGACGAUGCGCGCGGCCAUACAGGCUAACUUGCGCGAGCUGCGCGCGCCGGCCGACGAUAACUGGGACCAUGUGACCACCCAGAUUGGCAUGUUCUGGUUCUCUGGCCUCUCGCGGCCGCAGGCGCUCUGGCUGCGACGAGAGCGGCACGUAUACCUCGCUGAAUCGGGCAGGGUGAGCUUGACUGGCGUGAAUGAGGGGAAUGUCCGCCGGCUGUGCGAGGCGAUUCGGGACGCCGUCGAGCAAGUAAAGUAGAGUAGAGAGUCAU